CCUCUUCACAUUGUGCUGAGCUUCUCGAAGCGUCUAAGGCUCUUGCCCGAUCAGAUCCGAUCAGCAGACAUGGCUUUCCACGGAACAUGGCAGGUGUAUCUUCAGGAGAACUACGAGGAGUUUCUUAGAGCUAUUCCUCUGCCAGAAGAUAUUAUUAAACUGGCCAAGGAUGUUAAACCAGUGACAGAAAUCCAACAAAAGGGCAACGACUUCACCAUCACAUCCAAGACGCCCGGGAAAACCGUCACCAACUCCUUCACCAUCGGCAAGGAAGCUGAGAUCACCACCAUGGACGGCAGGAAGCUCAAGUGCACUGUGAAACUGGAGGGAGGGAAGCUGGUCUGUCACACGGAUCGAUUCUCUCACAUCCAGGAGAUCAAGGGAGGAGAGAUGGUUGAGACCCUGACAGUAGGAGGAACCACCAUGGUCAGGAAGAGCAAAAAGAUCUGAGGAGUUUGAUAAUCACUGGCUAUUUAAAUAAAGCUCUGAUUUAUCAUAA